AUGAUAGCUCAAGGCAUCUCGGCUCUGCGACCCUUGCUAAGUGGACUGAAUGGGAGCAAAAUUCGCUUUAUUUCUCUCCGUGGGGUGACCGAGCAGCAUCACACACCAGCCAAGCGGGCAGAAAGACGCUUCAGCUCCACGCACAAGCUCCAAGAUGCCGCUGGGGAAUCGAGCUCUGCAGACAAGGUGACGGUGCAUUUUAUAAAUCGGGAUGGAGAGCGACUUACGGCCACAGCCAAAGAAGGGGAGAGUUUGCUGGAAGUGGUAGUCAACCAAAAUUUGGCCAUUGAUGGAUUUGGUGCGUGUGAAGGGACAUUAGCCUGCUCCACCUGCCACCUCAUCUUUGAGAAGGACACCUUCCAAAAGCUGGAUGCCGUCUCAGAUGAAGAGCUGGACAUGCUGGACUUGGCGUACGGCCUCACUGAGACAUCUCGCCUCGGCUGCCAGGUGUGCGUUAAGAAGUCGAUGGAUGGUCUGACGGUGCGGGUCCCCAUGGAUGUCUCGGACAUCAGGAGGCAGCUGGAGGUUGGAAAGCAAAGCAAACAGUAACUGGAAACGACUCCUGCACGACUCACAUCCUCGUUCGAGGUGUGGCAGGGCACUUUGCUUUAGGGUAACACCAUUGCUUUGUGUGGCUGGCUUG